ACCUCUUCGCUCUCUCACCGCCUCGGGUAUCUUUUAUCGUCCCAGAGUACUCGUGAGUCACUCCGAGGUUCCUGGUUAUUGCGACCUAUCAGUAGGGUGAGCGUGCAUUCUUCCGUGAGGAUACUAUCACCGCUUUUACCGGAGCUAUGUGUUCACUGUCUCGUUAGCGAGACGGGAGGCACAGACAAGGAAGUUACACAGCGGAAGAGCCAACGUGACGUAGGCGCGUCAUCACGACACCACUUGCCUUUAGGGUUUAAUUUAAUAUAAGUGUAUAUAUAUAUUGGACAAGUGUCUGGAGGAUAAGAUGGCCAGAGCUGGAGGUAUCUUGAAGUUGGCGGUGGUCAUCUUUGUAUUCCUCCUCGUUAUCUUCAUGACUUUUCAACUACUGGAGAUAAACAUGGAUUUCACGUUUCGCAAUGUGCUUUCAAGAUCUAUGCCAUUGAAUGAAGUCUCCCCAAAGCCCGUCAGGUACAAGUGCGGGCUGUCCAAGUCCUGCCCAGCCGGACACUUCGCCUUCAGGAUGGCGAGUGGAGCUGCCAGCGUGGUCGGACCCAGAAUCUGCCUGGAGGACAAAUUAGUAAUGAGCGCUGUGAAGAACAACGUGGGGAGAGGAGUCAACAUCGUCCUGGUUAAUGGGAGAACAGGGGAAGUUAUUAAGACAGAUUUUUUUGAUUUGUGGGGAGGAGAUGUGGCUCCCUUCAUUAAAUUCCUGAAGGGAAUUGCGGAAGGGACAGUCGUGAUGAUGGCCUCAUUCGACGAUCUAUCGACAAAACUCAACGAUGAAGCCAAGAAGCUAAUUGCUGAUCUGGGCAGCUCGGUUAUCAGUAACAUGGGCUUCCGGGACAACUGGGUCUUUGUGGGAGGGAAAGGCAUCAAGACCAAGAGCCCAUUUGAGCUGCAUAUAAAGAACAGCGCAGACACCAACAAAUUUGACGGAUGGCCCGACGUGCUGGAGAUGGAGGGCUGCGUGCCUCAGAGGCAGGACUGACCUGAGACCUGUCGUCCGACCCCGUCCUGCAGACGUUCCUUUUUUUUCCUCGCGAGACUUUUUGAGCGGUGACGCUUCUUUGGGGCAGAGAUGCCACCCACACAGGCUCGUUAUUCACAUUUGCCUUUUUAGAAUAAAAAAAAAAAAAAAAAAAAAAACUUCAAGAAGAUACCACAAGGAAAGAGGAGCUACUGUGAAGUCAGACCUUUGCUGGAUUGUGAAGUGUCGACCUUUUUACUUGCAUUUCCUGUUUGGAUACUGAAUUGUAAAAGGAAGUAAUAGCUAGAGUGCACUGAUUUAUAAUGGACUUCCAUUUUGGUUAUUGGCAUACUAUCACUCUUUCUAUCUGUAACGCCCCCGGACUUUGCUCUAAUUGUUUUGCUGAUCAACAUGGAUAUCGUAGCCCAGAUCUUUAUGGCGCUGAGUUUUCAUUACCUGUUCCUUGCCUUAAUCUCAUUAUCUUACUCCUGGUUUUAAACAAACAGGACUUUGUGUGAUUUUCCUUUUCAGAGACUGUUAUUUUUCUAAGAUUAUUAUUAUUAUUAUUAACAGGUUUUGAGGAUGCUUCUUGUAAUCAAAUGUACCAAAUUCACUUGGAAAUGUGUUUAAUAUUUCUUUUGAGAAUAAUUUCAAAGAUCUUAAUUUAAUAAGCAUUGUAACAAUAAUAUAAUUUCUUAAAUUAAAUGAUAUUGGUAUAGCGGC